UAUAAAUAUUUUGCAGUAUAAUAUAUAAUAAUAAUAUAUAUAUAUAUAUAUAUAUAUAGAGGUUAAUUCAUGAAUUAAUUUAUAUGAAAACCCCCAUCAGUGCCAAUUAUUUGAUAAAUUAAUAAUAAAGAACCUACCUUUUUUAAUGAAGUAACUUUUACUUUACAUUAAGCAAGAAUUUAAAAUAUUGCAUUGAUUUUAUUAAAAUGAUCCUAAUCAAAUAUUAAGUGUUUUAAGUACAUAUCUAUCAAUAAUAUCUUAUCAAAAUUUAAAACCUUUUACACAUAUUAUUGACGAUAGUAUUGAACCCAAUAAUUGCUCGAUUGGUACACAAUGAAGUGGUGUCAAGUAGUAAACAUGUUACCGAAAGUACAAGAAUAUUUACUGAAAAAAGCCAAAACAGUCAAAAAACGUGGACUAAGCUACUGCCUCUUAAUAACAGCAAUUUUAUGGCUAGUCCCUAUGGUGAUUGUAGCAGUGAUUUACCGACUUAACAUGACAAACCGAAACUAUUUUACCAUGUAUAUAGACACCCAAGACGACCCUUUUUUCAUAGUAAAUGACAAAUUCAUUAGCCUGGGAUUGGACAGUUCAGUGAUAGCAAGAGGAUUUCCACACUUUAAUAUGACGGAUCCAGUUUUGGUUCAGAUGAUGAAAUACCUGUCACCUGCAUACUUAAGGAUCGGAGGCAACCAAGCAGAUCAAAUUGUGUUUUUGAGAAAUGCAGAUGGAACCUCUGGUGAAGAUGUUCAUGGGCAGUAUAGUAAUUCUUCAAAUGAGUAUUAUUUGAAAGCACCUGACUGGUUAUCACUGUACAAUACAGUCACAAGUGCAAAUCUUAAUAUCAUUUAUGAUCUGAAUUCCUUGCUAAGAAACGAAGACGGUGCUUGGAACGCUACGAACGCGAUAGAAAUGUUGGAAUUUUCAAAAGAACAUGGAUUAUUUGUCAAUUGGGAGUUGGGCAAUGAACCAAAUUCUUAUCCUCACAAGUUCGGCACAUCUGUUAAUGCCACUCAGUUGGGAGAGGAUUAUAAGUUCCUAAGGAGUGUGCUGGAUAAGUAUGAUUUAUAUAAGAAUUCUUACCUUAUCGGCCCAUCUACUACUAGGCUAAGAACUAAGGAUAUCCAAGGGUACUUUAGGGAGUUUUUGCAGAGUGGUUCGGAGGCAGUGAGUGCCAUAACAUUUCAUCAUUAUUAUUUUAGCGGAGAAACGGCAAUUUGGACGGACUUUUUAGAUGUUGAGAAUUUUGAUUAUUUAGCUUCUUGCAUUGAUACUGUAAAGGAUGUUUUGGGUUUAAUACCGGAUUUGGAUAAACCACUUUGGAUAGGUGAAACUGCUGAUGCAUGGCACGGUGGUGCCCCAAAUUUAACCGACAGAUACAUCGGAAGUUUCCUUUGGUUGGACAAGUUGGGCCUUAGCGCCAAAAUGGGGAUCGACGUAGUUGUCAGACAAAGCAUCUUUAAUGGUCAUUAUGCUUUGAUGAAUGAUUCUUACUAUCCGAACCCAGACUGGUGGCUCAGCAUAUUGUACAAAACCUUAGUCAGUCCAAAAGUUCUCGCUACCACAAGCGAAGGAGAUUUGAACAUAAGACUGUACGCCCAUUGUGCCAAAGAUAAUCCUUUAUGGAGUAAUAAAUCUGCUAUAGUAGUGUUUGGGGUUAAUUUGAGUUUCGAAAAAGGCUUCGUUCAACUGAAAGAACUGCGUGCGGAUCCUCAAAUAUUCGUGUACGAGUUUACGUCUGAAUCGACCCUUUUUUCUCAAUUCGUUCAGUUGAACAACGUGACCCUACUGCUUGAAUCAAACUUGAUUUUGCCCGAUUUUGAACCUCGAGUGGUCGAACAGCAGAGUUUCGAUUCUUUGGAAAUGCGACCUCUCUCUAUAGUGUUUUGGGUGUUCGCUAAUACGAACGUAGAUGCUUGUAAGUUGCCGUGAAGUGCAUUAAUAAAACGGCAGGACAAUCAGUUUAACCUGUUAAAUGAGGAGGAGGGAGGUAAAAAAAGCAACUAAAUUUUUGUUUUUUUUUAUAAGUUUUUAAUAGUACAGUGAGUUAAAGCGUUAAAAUAAUGUUAUAAAAAGGAUAUAAUAUACAAUAUAUUAAUUUAUACUAAAA